AUGUCCGCUCCACUGUGGCUGAGUUUUGCUGAGAGGACCGUCCCUGGGCACCAAGAGCCGUCCGCACUGGGCUGCACGGGCCACAUGGGGGUCACUGCUGUCUCCUGGGAUAAAGCUGCCUCAAGUCUCCUCCCGGCCUCACUGCGGGAGCCCUGCCUUGACCCACAUCCCAGCCCAGGGGUUGGUCUGCUUGCCUGCGGCCUCCUAAAGGGGGGGGCGGCCUUCAGAGGGGCUCCCCAUGCGGCAGGGGUUCCCAGCCCUGCGGGGAACUUUGACCGGGCAGCCUCAAGCAAGAUCUCAGGAUGGAAGAGCUUCGUGGAAGGGGUGAGGCAUCGUCAGUCGGGGCAGGUCCUGGUGCUGAAGAUGAAUAAGCUGACCAGCAACCGUGGGAACAUGCUGCGCGAGGUGCAGCUGAUGAACCGGCUCUCCCACCCCAACAUCCUCCGGUUCAUGGGGGUCUGCGUUCACCAGGGCCAGCUGCACGCGCUGACAGAGUACAUUAAUGGGGGAAACCUGGAGCAGCUGCUCGACAGCCCCGCCCCCCUCCCCUGGCCCGUCCGCAUCAAGCUGGCCCUGGACAUUGCCCGUGGGCUGUGCUACCUCCACAGCAAGGGCAUCUUCCACCGUGACCUGACUUCCAAGAACUGCCUGGUCAGGUGUGAGGAUAACGGCUACACGGCAGUCGUGGGCGACUUUGGCCUGGCGGAGAAGAUUCCCACCUACAGCGAGGGCAGCGAGAAAGAGCCCCUGGCUGUGGUGGGCUCUCCCUACUGGAUGGCCCCCGAGGUUCUGCGUGGGGAGCUGUACAACGAGAAGGCGGACGUCUUUGCCUAUGGCAUCAUCUUGUGCGAGACGAUUGCCCGUGUGCCGGCCGACCCCGACUACCUGCCUCGCACUGAGGACUUCGGGCUCGACGUGGCUGCGUUCUGCGACCUGGUGGGAGCCGACUGUCCGGCAGCUUUUCUCCAUCUGGCCUUCCACUGCUGCAAGAUGGAGCCCACGGCCCGGCCCUCCUUCCUGGAGAUCGCCCAGCGCCUGGAGGCGAUGCUGACCGCGGGAGACCCCGGCCCACCCCUGCUGAACGAUGGGACCAGCGUCCCUGCGAACCCGGCGGCCACGCUGAACAACGGUCAAGCGGCCAAGCAGCUCCCCUUCCCCAACGCCCUGCCCGGCCAACAGCUCUUGACCCCGGAGCAGCACCUCUCCCGCAGCCAGUCGGACGUGUUUCCCCCUCGGUCACCCGCCUUGCCUCGUGCCCAGGACACUCCACAACGAGUCAAUCCCUUCUCCCAGCGCCAGGACCUCAAGGGGGGCAGGAUCAAGCUCUUCGACACGCCCAGCAAGUCCUUGAUCUCCCUGACCUUCAACCUUCCGCCCCCCUCGCCUCUUCCGCCUGGCACCCCGAUUACGCCAGAGCCGGCCGUGGAGAUGCAGUGCAGCUUUGCUGAACCCAUCGCCAUCCUGCGGAGGUGCCACUCGCUGCCGGCCUCCCCAGAGCUGCCUUGCCGAGGGCAGCCACCCCGCAGCCCCCUCCAGACCCUGGACCGUGCCAGCCCAGAACCCCCCGGUUCCCCUGCCGGUGAGCUGAUGGACUGCAGUCCGGACAGCCCGGGCCCAGCCUCCACUAUCCCAGUGCCCGCCCUGAGCAACGGCAGCUUCAUCAACACGGCCGUGUCGGCAGCCCAGCCCCGGUCCCCCAAUGGGCUGCUCCUGAACAAUAACAGCAAGCCGCGGGGCUGGGCCGGGGGCUUCUCCGAGUUGAGCGUGCCCCCCACAGUGGAUGGGGUGCAGACGGCGCGCCCGGGGGCGGCCCUGCCCCUGAGCACUUCCAGCAGCAGCUGCGUGAUGGAGCAGGACGAAGUGCUGGCCUGCCCUGCCUGCUGCCUGGGCCCGUUCAGGUUCAGCUUCUCCUCUGUCUGCCACCGGCCGGCCGCCAGCACCCCCCGCUACCAGAACCUGAACUGCGAGGCCAGGAGCCUGCAGUGCCCAGAGAGGCACCCGCAGCACUGCAAGGCCCUGGCGCCAGGCUUGCCAGAGCCCAGCCUCAAGUUGCCGGAAGCGCAGUCCUGAGUCUGGCCUGCGGCCGAGGAGCGCCUUGGAUCCGCCUGGGACUCUCAGCUGCCCUUCGGACCUCGGGGAGCUGGCGCGGGCCGAGGCGGUUGGCGCUCCGCUGCCGGGGCCGGCAGGACGAGGCUGCACCCGGGUGCCAACCCUGUUUGGCUGCCGCUGUGGGAAAGCGGGAGGCAGCCCUCAUCCCCCGCCUGGUUUCGGUGCAAUAACGGGUGGCUUUCUGCUCUCCCCAGGCUGGCCCCGUGGCAGGCUCGAAGCAGACUCAGCCCCAGCUCCUUGGGGCUUGCCUCCUGGGCCGGUUUGGCCCAGCACUUAGGUCUAACCUCUGCGCAGGUGGGUGGUACCCCUCCAGCAUGGGAGGGGGCAGAGGGGCAGAGCGGUGGGGUGUACGCAGGGCAUGGGGCUCCGAAGCAGGGCCGGGAUGGAAGUGACUGGCUUGUGUCACGAUUGUGAGGCUGGGAAGCGAAGGCACGCGCUCCUUCUGCCACCUGGGAGGGACGGGCAUGCCCUUGGUACGGUGCUGUGGGGUAUGUUGGACGGAUGGGUGGGGAGGUAGCCAGCCUGUAUUCCUACCCCGUCUGCUCCCCUCCUGCCCUGUGCAAUAACGGUUCAGUGUGGGUGUGCUGCUCUUCCGGGCCCUUCUCUCCUCAGUGCACUAAUGGAGGAGAAAACGCCGCCGCAUUUUUAAUAACGGAAAAUACUUGUUAAUAUAUUCAGCUUAUUUAAUGUGUUGAAAAAAUAAAACCUGAUGUCAGUCCCA